ACUUUCUUUAUUUACUCAUCGAGAUUUAUCCCUAGACCACCUUCAACGGAGGCAUAUAAGACUGUUGAACUGAACUUCGACUGCAGUUGUGAUAGACGAAAGGAACAGCUCGCUCGUCGACAGAUAUAUUUUCACAAACAUGGCGCCAACACCAGCCUACUUCCAUGAUCUCGCCAACUCGAUGAUUGUACGACGCAGUCUAACAAAUGUCAACCACACACAAGCCGUCACACUGGGCAUAAUAGCGGUAUAUGUGGUUGUGAUUGCUCUAUUAUGGAAUCUACCUUAUAUUCGAUGGUCCCUUUGGCCGUUCAAGAUGCUGGUCAUAGCAUUCCACGAAUUCGGCCACGCCAUAACAGCAGUCUGCACAGGCGGCCGUGUCAAAUCUAUAUCCCUCGACCCUCAUGAAGGUGGCGUAACGCACAUGGUGGGCGGUAAAAGCGCGAUCACUCUUCCAGCCGGCUAUCUGGGCUCUUCACUCAUUGGCGCAUUGCUGAUAUUCUGUGGCUUCGAUAUUGUCGCCAGCAAAAUCGCGAGUAUUGUCUUGGGGGUGUGUUUUUUGCUUACUUUGUGGUGGGCACGGAAGGAUUGGUUGACUAUUGUGACUAUCCUGUUGGCGGUGGGAUUGUUGAUUGGGUUUUGGUUUAUUGCACAUGCCGAGGCGCUUCGGUUCUUGGUGUUGUUCAUCGGCGUCAUGUCCUGCCUCUACAGUGCAUGGGAUAUCUGUGACGACCUCAUCCUCCGCAAAGUCAAUACUUCGGAUGCCAGUGUCUUCGCGAAACGUUACGGUGGCUCCUCGCAAUGCUGGGGUGUCAUCUGGUCGCUGGUCUCAGUAGCAUUCAUGGCUGCUGCUAUUGUUGCUGGACUCGCGGCGUUUAAUCAGAGUUUUGCGCAGCAGGAGAGUGAUUCUAGUCAUUUCAUUCCGACAAAGAUUUGAAAUGGUGUGUCUUCGGCGUGCUUUGUUUAGCUGGGAAUAUGGAGCAAAUAUGGGCGUAGCUUUGGUAUAGCGGAGUUUGAUUAUUCAUUUAUGAUGAUCGAUGGUUUUACGACGUUUUAUGACCCUUUAGUCCCUACUCUUCGGUCUUCUGGUAUCCCUAUUUCGGUGGUGGGCUUACGUUCGUUUGUUUUUUGCUUCCCCAAUGAUAUCACCUUAUGUUUGUGUUCACGAAACUGCAAUGCAUCUUUUAACACUGUUACAAUUAGCUGAAGAGGCCUACCUAGGUGGGUACUUGAGCAGCUCAGCCGACUC